AUGAAAGCCAUUUCAAAGCUGAAAGGCAUGAAACCGCCGUUGCGUUACGUGGCUGAUCCAUCCCCUCUGGUUAACGAGUUCGCCAACUUCUGCCAUCAAUGGGACCUUCACAGAGCAAUGAGAGCCAUGGAUGCUAUGGAAAGACAUGGAGUAUUUGCUGAUGCUAUCACGUAUUCCGAGCUCAUCAAGUGCUGCUCUGCUCGUGGCGCUGUCCAAGAAGGAAAGCGAGUUCACGAGCACAUUUUCUGUAAAGGGUAUGAGCCCAAAAUGUUUGUAGUCAAUACCUUACUCAACAUGUACGUGAAAUUUAACCUCUUGGAAGAGGCCGAGGAUCUGUUCGACGAAAUGCCUGAAAGAAACGUUGUUUCUUGGACUACUAUGAUAUCUGCCUACUCUAAUAAACUCAAUGACAAGGCCUUGAAGUGCUUGAUUCUAAUGUUUAGAGAAGGUGUGAGACCAAAUAUGUUUACUUACUCUUCAGUUUUGAGAGCAUGUGAUGGGCUGCCCAACCUUAGGCAGCUCCAUUGUGGGAUAAUCAAGACUGGGUUGGAGUCUGAUGUCUUUGUUCGGAGUGCUUUGAUUGAUGUUUACUCAAAAUGGAGUGAUUUGGAUAAUGCAUUAGGUGUUUUUGAUGAAAUGCCCACUAGGGAUUUGGUUGUUUGGAACUCAAUCAUUGGGGGGUUCGCUCAGAAUAGUGAUGGUAAUGAGGCUUUGAAUCUUUUCAAGAGGAUGAAGAGAGCUGGUUUUCUAGCUGAUCAAGCUACUUUGACUAGUGUUUUGAGGGCAUGUACUGGUUUAGCUCUGUUAGAAUUGGGGAGACAGGUCCAUGUUCAUGUACUCAAGUUUGAUCAAGACCUAAUUCUCAACAAUGCACUCAUCGAUAUGUACUGCAAGUGUGGCAGCUUGGAGGAUGCAAACUCUGCGUUUUCUCGUAUGGUCGAGAAAGAUGUGAUAUCUUGGAGCACAAUGGUUGCAGGUUUGGCCCAGAAUGGUUACAGUCGACAGGCACUGGAAUUAUUUGAGUCAAUGAAAGAGUCAGGGUCUAGACCGAAUUAUAUCACAGUUCUUGGGGUUCUGUUUGCCUGCAGUCAUGCUGGGCUGGUAGAGAAGGGAUGGUACUAUUUUCGAUCAAUGAAGAAGCUUUUCGGGGUGGAUCCUGGAAGAGAACACUAUGGUUGCCUGAUUGAUCUCCUUGGGAGAGCUGGGAGGCUUGAUGAAGCAGUUAAGUUAAUCCAUGAAAUGGAAUGUGAACCAGAUUCAGUAACAUGGAGGACUUUGCUGGGUGCCUGCAGGGUUCAUAGAAAUGUGGAUCUAGCUAUCUAUGCAGCCAAGAAGAUCAUAGAAUUGGAGCCUGAAGAUGCAGGAACCUACAUACUGUUGUCUAAUAUAUAUGCGAAUACUCAGAGGUGGGAAGAUGUGGCAGAAGUGAGGAAGACCAUGACUAACAGAGGAAUCAGGAAAACCCCAGGUUGUAGCUGGAUUGAAGUGGAUAAACAGAUUCAUGUGUUUAUUUUAGGAGAUACAUCACACCCAAAAAUAGAAGAGAUUGUCCAGCGUUUGAAUGAUUUGAUAGAGAGAGUAAUGGGAGUAGGCUAUGUUCCAGACACAAAUUUUGUGUUGCAGGACCUUGAGGGGGAGCAGAAGGAAGAUUCUCUUCGAUACCAUAGUGAGAAACUGGCAAUCAUGUUCGGUCUGAUGAACUUGUCAAGGGAGAAAACAGUUAGAAUCAGGAAAAAUCUAAGGAUUUGCGGAGAUUGUCAUGUGUUUGCAAAAGUGGUAUCGAGGAUGGAGCAUCGGAGCAUUGUGAUUCGGGACCCCAUCCGGUACCAUCAUUUUCAAGAUGGAGUCUGCUCCUGUGGGGAUUAUUGGUAGCAGAAGAUGCAGAGCAUGAGCUUGCCAAAGGAAAUUCUUUUGUUGAUGGAUAUGACCAUCCAUUGGCUGAACUGAUCCUGGAUUUGAUUCUGGGGCACUAAAGAUUUAGCUUAUAAUGUAAUAAGGAACAAUCAAAUGUACCACAGAAAUAAUCAGAUAGCCAUCAAUGAAAAAAACUGCAUCACAGGGUAUUCAAAUGAAA